AUGUUCUGCUGCUUGUCUCCUCCAGUUUUUAAGGACGAAAAGGCUCUGAUUGUCGACGUAGCUGAGAUCUUAAAAGAGAGCCCAGAAUACAUAUCACUGGUCACGGAGUUUCGGAAUGAAACAGCAGAACAGCAACUAUACAAGUUCCGCUUUGAGAAGACGCGACGUACAGAAAUUGAGGUCACUUUCCAGAAAGGGAUAACAAUUGGGGGUAAAGCAAGUUUCAGUAUUGGAAUUCCUUUUGGCGAGGCGGAGGCAGAAACAGAGGUGCAGUAUGAGGUGACGAAAAGUGAUGGCCAAAAAUUUGAGGAAACUAUGGUCAUGGAAGCUACAAGCGACAUUGCGGUUGGACCAAACAGCUGCUACACUGCUAAUGUCCAACUGGAGGAAAGAAAUCUUAAUGCUACAUUCAAGAUCAUCUCACGCAUGUCCAUGCCACAAGGUUGUGCCCCUAUCUAUAUCAAAAGGAAGUCAGAUGGACAGAAAGUGUUUGUCUAUUAUGUUAACAAUCUUAUAGACCCAUUCAAGAAUUCAGUUUCCUGUGCUCAGAUUGUGACAGAGAAUGGGAAAGUGGUUAUAGACAAAAUGGACUUUGUGAUUGAAGGUGUUGUGAAAGGUUCACUUGCAUGCAAUCAUAAAAUUGCACUUACAAGCAAUGAAUCUGCAGAUCUUAAAAAUCAGGCCAAGGAGAAGUACCUGAAAGAUGUUACAAAAAGAAGCCUUGAUCGUCGUGACCACAUGUGA